AUGGCAGAAGCGAUCACCAUCCCCUCCCCGUCCGUGUUCCUCAGCUCGCCAGUGGAGGCCGCGCCCCAACAGCAGCAACACCACCAACGCGCCGACACCGCGCCCGCGCCCGCCAGCCCGCCCAAGCAACGCCGCCCGUCCAAGACGCCCAAGGCGAAGGCCGCCGCCGGGGACGCUGCGCAGCCCGCGUCCAACACCGCCGCCGGCGUCACGAAGCGCAAGCAGUCGAAGAGCAGGAACGGCUGCAUCACCUGCAAGGCGAAACGCCUGAAGUGCGACGAAACGAAACCCACGUGCCAGCAGUGCGCCCGCCGCAGCGUUGCCUGCGGCGGCUACAAGAAGGACUUCAAAUGGCGCCCCUUCGAGGAGGCCAGCUUCACCGGCCCCAAGCCGCAGCCUGCAAAACAACCCAAAGGUGCCGUCGUGCUGCCCGCUGCGACGACGAUGGCGAGCGUGCUGCUAACGGGCCCAGGAACACCCCCGCCCGCUGACCACGCCCGCCUGGCGCCAGCGAACCGAACCCCGCCAGCCCAGGAGCGCCCGCCGCCGGCACCAGCACUCACCACCAGCUCCAACAAUGCCCGCCUUCCCGCCUCGUCCGCCUCGUUCCCGCCCUCGUCGCUGCCGCCCUCGUUCAUGGACGCGCCGCUGUCCGCCGCGAACCCCUUCUUCCCCCAGCCGCCGCCCUCGCCUUUCAUGCUUUCCCCGGACGGCAUGCCCAUGCCCGACCCAUUUGAGCCAAGUGGGUCGACCGCAAGCACAGCGAGUAUGUUCAACGAUGCAGAGACCGUAGACACGAUGCAGUCGGCGACUACGGCACCAUCCAGUCUGUCAUCAGGACGGUCUCCACGCCUUGUGGACCUGCUCUUACCAGGGACAGAUAUGACCGCGCCCUCCUCCGAGUACCUCAGCUGGCGCGCCCAGUAUCCUGACUCGCUCUACCAACCCUCCAGCUUCGACCCGCCCCAGCCCGAUGCCAUGGACGAGGACGACAUUGAGGAGAUUGUGCGCCAGCCCGUCGUCAACCCGGACCAUGAAGCCUGGGUCAUGCGAUUGCCGUCGCCAGUCCCGUCCGACUCCUCCAGCUCGUCGGGAGGCGCGACGCCGCGGUCGGACCCGUUCAACAUGCUGCUCCGUGAACCAAGCUUGGCCAUGGACAGCCCAGAGCUUAUGACGUGGCGCUUCGAUCAGCAAACCUGCGGUAUCCUCUCGGUAAAGGACGGCCCGACCGAGAACCCCUGGCGGACUCUGAUAUGGCCUCUUGCCAAAGAUUCGCCCGCCCUGUAUCACGCCAUCGCGGCCAUGACCAACUUCCACACGUCCAAGCAUGAGCCGCAGCUCAGGGUCCAAGGCAUCGAGCACAUGCGCACGAGCAUUGAAUCCCUGGCAACGGGCAUCCAGAACAUGCGUGUCGACACCGCGAUUGCCACGACCCUUGCUCUUGCGUUUUCCGAAUCGUGGGACCAGCACACGUCAACGGGCAUAGACCACAUCAAGGGCGCCAAGAUCCUUGUUCAUCAGGCUCUGAUCAGGCAUCAGCGGUCGCCUUUGCAGGGAGACGAGCUUGCCAGGUUAAAAUUCCUCUGCAACACCUGGGUGUACAUGGAUGUCAUAGCCCGACUGACGUCCGUCGAUGAUGAUGAGUCGAAUGAUUUCGACGCCGUUGCGUCCAUGUUCGCCGGCCCUUUCGAGUACGAGGCCCAGCUGGAUCCGUUGAUGGGAUGCGCAGGCACGCUUUUCCCCAUUGUCGGUCAUGUAGCAAACUUGGUUCGGCGUGUUCGGCGAAGUGAGAGCAAUUCGCCGGCCGUCAUCUCGCAGGCGAUGGAACUCAAGACGCAACUGGAGGAUUGGGUCCCACAAGCUUUCUUCGAGGUUCCCGAGGAUCCCACCUCCCACAUCCAGCACAGCCUCCAGACGGCUGAGGCGUACCGGUGGGCGACGCUGCUUUACCUUCAUCAAGCAGUUCCGGAGAUCCCGUCUCUUUCCUCUGCCGAGCUUGCGAAGAAGGUCCUCAUCUAUCUCGCAACGGUUCCCUUGACCUCUCGCGCCGUUAUCGUCCACAUCUACCCACUCAUGGCUGCAGGCUGCGAAGCUGCUACCGGCGAAGACCGCGAAUGGGUACGGCAGCGAUGGGAGGCGAUGAGCAGUCGCAUGGUGAUUGGCAUCCUCGACCGUUGCCUUGACAUCACGAAAGAGGUGUGGGUACGGCGCGACGUGUACGCUGCGAGAGUGCGGCCGAAGGUGAAAGUCUCGACCAAGAGUAGCAAUUCUCACAAGCGUGGGCCAAGCCCGAACGACGAGAUGACGGAUGAGCCAGUGCGAUGGAAUGAGAAUUUCGUUGGCGCAAACAAAAGGCGUGCAACCAUCGGCCCGUUCGACAUGCCAACACCUGCCAGUGUUCUCGAGCAACGGAGGGGCUCGACUGACUUCGGCACCGGUGUCGUUGACCGCGAGUUCACCGUGCGGGGACGGCUCCAUUGGCUGAGCGUAAUGAAGGACUGGAAUUGGGAAGUUCUUCUUGGCUGA